AUGCAUGGGAGCUCGGAAAAUCGAAUGGAUGAAUUCAGCGGGAACUUGAUCAGUAUCCGUUCUGGAGAUACUUCGUUCCAUAUCCAUGAGGGUUUGAUAAAGGAAUCUGCAACCUUGCUACACAGCCUUUGGAGGAAGAAGGAGACCAAUGGAGAUACAUAUUCCUUUAGCAUCCCAAAAGAGUACAGCGAUGCCAUACAGUUCUAUGUCAACUGGAUAUACCGACGCACUAUCCCUUGUGUUGAUUCUGAGCAGCAGAUGAGAAAUGAAUGGGCAAUCUUGGCCAAAGCCUACACGGUCGGAAAGAGAUUUGGAGACAUCGACUUCCAAAACGCCAUCAUCAACCAUGUCAUAGAGAGAGCAAAACAGAGAUUUAACGGGAACCAGAUACUACCAAACGCGGAGACAAUCCAGUUUACUUAUGAGCAUGCGAAGGAAUGCUCCAAGUUCAAAGUUUUGCUGGUCGACUUAUAUGCAUCCCGCGCCAUUAGGGGCUACUUCUGUAAGACUGCGUCAAGCAAGUACCCGAAGCUAUUCCUUAUCGAUGUUCUGUCCGCGGUUGCCGACAUGCAACACACUGGCCGGGCAAGCCCGACUGAAGGCCGCACAAUGGAUACCUGCAUACGCUUCCAUCAGCACCCUCAGGGGAAUAAAUGCUGCUAG